GUCAUAAAUAAUAACAAGGCACAACCAGCUUUUGUCUUCUUAAAAGGCAUUGCGUUGUAGUUCAGUUACACAAAAAAAAAACUACAUAUAGGGUUCUCUCAAAGGUUCUUUGGAUUUGUACCUCAAAGGAUCUGAAACAAUGAGAAUCUUAUCAUCAUUCGUUGAGAAAGGUUCUCGAUUUUAUAAAGAUCAUCCUCGUUAUUCCAAGUUACUGGUUGUAGCCGCAGUCAGUGGUGGUAGUCUUCUGGCCUACUCUAGUUCAAACUCGUCCCAUCAUGUGACUGGCGAUUCAGAGUCCAAAAAGAAAAGAAUUGUAGUGCUUGGAACUGGAUGGGGAGCCACGAGUUACUUGAAGAAUCUUGAUUUAGCCUCCUAUGAUGUUCAGGUGGUGGCACCUCGCAAUUAUUUUGCGUUCACCCCGUUAUUACCAAGUGUCACAUGUGGCACAGUGGAAGCACGCAGUAUUGUCGAGCCAAUUCGCAACAUUAUUAAGCGGAGGGGAGCGUCAGCUACAUUUUGGGAAGCUGAAUGUUUUAAGAUUGAUGCAAAAAACAAGAAGGUACACUGUCGGCCUGUUCAAAAGUCGGAAUCAAAAGACAAGGAAGAAAUUAUUAUGGAUUAUGACUACUUGAUUGUAGCAGUGGGAGCUCGUGUAAAUACGUUCAACACUCCGGGUGUCGAGGAGAACUGCCACUUCUUGAAGGAAGUAGAGGAUGCUCAGAGAAUCCGCAGGAGUGUGAUUGAUUGUUUCGAAAAAGCCAGCCUUCCCAAUAUAAGUGAGGAAGAGAAGAAGAAGCACCUCCAUUUUGUAGUUGUUGGAGGUGGUCCAACAGGUGUGGAGUUUGCUGCAGAGCUUCAUGACUUCGUCAAGGAAAAUUUAAGCAAAUUAUAUCCCAAAGUUAAAGAUUUUGUGAAAAUCACACUUCUUGAGGCAGGGGAUCACAUUUUGACCAUGUUUGACAAGAGAAUCACUGCUUUUGCUGAAGAGAAGUUCAAGAGAGAUGUUAUUGAUCUGAAGACCGGGUCUAUGGUCGUGGAAGUAACUAAUAAUGCCAUUCGUACAAAAGAAAGGUCAAGUGGAGAGGUAUCUUCAGUACCUUACGGAAUGGCUGUCUGGUCAACUGGUAUCGGAACCCGACCUUUGAUUUCUGAAUUCAUGCAGCAGAUUGGUCAGACUACCAGGCGUGUUUUAGCAACUGAUGAGUGGCUACGAGUCCAGGGAAGUGAUUGCAUUUAUGCCCUUGGUGAUUGUGCAUCUAUUAAUCAGCGAAGAAUCAUGGAAGACAUAGCGGUGAUAUUCAGUAAGGCGGACAAAGAUAAUUCUGGUAAAUUAACUGUUAAACAAUUCCAAGAUGUCAUUACCGAUAUCUGUGAAAGGUACCCGCAAGUGAAGCUCUAUUUGAAGAAUAAAAAGUUGAAAGGUGUCUCCGAUCUUCUGAAAGAUUCGGAAGGGAAGGAUAAUAGUACUGAGUUGGAUAUUGAAAAGUUCAAGUCAGCUCUUUCCCAAGUAGAUUCAGAGAUGAAAAUGCUUCCUGCAACUGGUCAGGUUGCUGCUCAAGAAGGAGUAUAUCUGGCUAACUGUUUCAACCAGAUGGCUGAGCGCGAAAAGAAUCCAGUAGGCCCUCCUAGAAUCAGGGGUGAAGGACGUCACAGGUUCCAUCCAUUUAGGUACAAACAUUUGGGGCAGUUUGCUCCACUUGGAGGAGAGCAAACAGCAGCACAACUUCCAGGUGAUUGGGUUUCGAUUGGUCACAGUUCGCAGUGGCUUUGGUAUUCUGUUUAUGCAAGCAAGCAAGUAAGUUGGCGUACUAGGACGAUGGUGGUGUCUGACUGGAUGAGACGGUUCAUUUUCGGGAGGGACUCAAGUCGUAUUUGAGAACACACAUAAGUUACUAGAAAAAUAGUCUCCAACUAAAAAGAUCGAAUUUUCACAGUUCUUGAUACUUGAUUUAUUUUUUAUGACAGAGUGAAACUAUUACCAAAAUUGUCUUCUCCUUGAUUUAAUAUUUUGUCUGAACAGCAGCUAAGUUAUAAACAAAUAAUAUGGCUUUUAUAUUAAA